UAUAUACGCAGAUGUGACUGACUGUGCAUGUGAAAAACAGUUAAUCUGUGAUGGGUGCAAGCUUCCUGGGGACACCAAUGACAAUGGUUGUUUGAUCACAGGAUUGUUGCUGCGUCUGUUGACCAAGAUGCAAGAUCAACAGACCGGCCCGAAGGAUGCUAAAACGAACAGUCAGAAGCUGCUGGAACGACUCUUGUGUGAAUUCAACACGUCAGGCACUCUGGACUUCAGCACAUAUCCGAGCCACAUCAAACUGCAGUCACUCUACUGCACCCUGAACAAGCUCCUGCUGAAGAGCUUUGCAUCGACUGGUUUCUGUAGGAUCGCCUGUGUUCCAAAGGACUCUUCAUUUGAUGACCUCUUGAUAUCGGCAUUGACCAAAGAACUGCUGAGCCAGUGUGAUUCAGAAGGUACACCUAUUCCAUCAGCCUCAUGUGCCCCAUCAGCCCCAGGUGCCCCACCUCCAGCCCAUGUGGUUUUGCCAGCCCACGUGUGCAUUGCCAAGGAGCCUCAAGUGUCUGGCGGCAGACCCUCAAGUCCCACCAGUGUCACCUCAUCACCCGAAAUCACCCCAAAAAGGCCUGGGAGGGAGAUUUUCCUGAAGUUGAAAGGUGCCCUUGGAAGCCUGCAAAAACCUGUGGCACGACACCCAUCUCACUCAGGCGAUAGACCUGCUCAGUGCCCUAUGGUGGCAGAUUAUGGAAGUGAUUCCCAUGACCUGACCUGUAUGGCAAAGACCCUGGAGAAACUCCUGUCCAAUGGCAAUAUUGACAACAUCGCAAAGGGCCUUGUGGAUCAAAUCCAGGCUGUUCGGCAGGACAGAAGCUCAACUCAAACUACUCUGGAUGGAAAAAGUACCCCUGAGUCUGGGUCUGAGACAGCUCCCCAGAAGACACAGAGUGCCACUCAGGUAGUAUACUCUAUUACCGAGCAGGCCAUUAAGGGAUUGCUGCAGCCCUACCUUCUCCCUCUGGUGGAAUGGAAUGCUGGUCAAGAUGGCUGCAAGCUUUCUGGGGGCACCAAUGACAAUGGCUGUUUGAUCACCGGAUUGUUGCUGCGUCUAUUGACCAAGUUGCAAGAUCAGCAGACCGGCCCGAAGGAUGCUAAAACGCACACCCAGAAGCUGCUGGAAUGCCUCAUCAACACAUCAGGCACUCUGAACUUCAGCACAUAUCCGUACCACAUCAAACUGCAGUCACUGUACCGCACUCUGAACAUGCUCCUGCUGAAGAACUUUGGAUCCCAGGCCAUCCUGCAGAAAUCAGUCGAUGCAAAUGACUCUUCAUUUGAUGACCUCUUGAUGUCAGCAUUGACCCAAGAGCUGCUGAACCAGUGUGAUACGGAAGUUACAACUAUUCCAUCAGCCCCAGGUGCCCCAUCAGCCCCAGGUGUAACACCCCCACCUGAGCCUCAGUCAGGAAGCACAGGCAGCAAGACACGCAAGAGGUGGUUCAGCUUCAAGAUCCUAAAGAGACGCAACAAGAACAGAGUGUCUCCCUCUGAUGCCACCCAUCCUGACACAAAUCAGAGACAUAGUGCUGAUGCAGAUGUGCUCGUCCAGAGGCCUCGUAAACGCUCCAUGCUCAUGAGAUUGUUCACUAGUUGCUUCAAAGGCGCAGAGGAUUCCUGAACCACCCCCACCUCACACACACACACACAGACACACAGACACACAGACACACACACACACACACAGACAUGCACGUACACACACAUACACACACAAAUGCACACACACACUAAAGGUUACGUCUGUAACCCGGGUUCUCUGAGGGAGAUAAACGAGACAUCUCACUAUGGGUUGCACCCUCUUACAUGAUAUUUGUGGAAGCCAGCCUUCAAUCAAUGCCGCUAGGCCGGUGAGCGGCGUGCAUCCAGGGUAUGCCGUGGAUGCCGUGCACUGCUCACUCUGCGCAGACCUAGGGGGCGUACAAGUAGGUCUUUCUCUUUCCCUUCUUCCCUCUAGUGGACUGGGGUGACGCAUGAUGUGUCCCAGGCGUGUCCUGGGGAGGAGACCGCCUGAAGCAAAGUCUUGUCAAAGUCUGUCCCCUGAGGAUCUGGGGCUCCGAGGGGGCUCCCAAGGCGGGUCCCCAUGGCCUGAACUCAUGGAGGGCCUUGCCCAGUGAGGGUUGUCCGGGGCCGGGGAGGGGCCCUGCGGCAACGGGGGCAAGCGGAACAGCUGAGGCUGGAGCGGCGGAACCAUAGCUUUAAAAGCAGGUUGCUGCUUCUUAAGUGCUUCGAAUUGCUGUGGGACAGCCUCGGCGGCAGUAUUGAGCAAAUGCCCCGCCUGCGCUGAAGCCCUGUACGACUUGUCAUAGAGGGAUGUGAAGAGGCGGUCCGCUGAACGCGUCGACAUAGGGGGCGUGGCAGCCAGGGCUGAUGAGGCAGAUGAUUGGCAAGGGACUGCACCAUGGGGGGCAUGCGGUCCCAGCCUUUCUCUUCAGCCGUUCGGUUUUAUACACCAAACCGUACCCCGAACGUACAGUACGCAGCUCAUCGGCCUGGCAGCAUUGAUUGAAGGCUGGCUUCAAAAAAUGUCACGCAAGAGGGUGCAAUCCAUUGUGAGAUGUUGAGUGAAGUCGACCGAAAGAGACCGCGCACACACACACACACACACACACACACACACACACACACACACA